ACCGUUUCUGAAAGCCGCACUGGAAGCUUCAAGUGACUCACCGGGGUUAUUUUUAGGCCUCCUUUAUAGUUAAAACCCAGGUAAGUGCCGGGAAGAACAUCACAAAGGGACAGUAGGGCUUCCGGUCGCGUCUGGAUGCGCUUGUAGCCGAGAGAGACGGAGUAAAGAACUGGACAUCAUGACGGAGUAUAAACUGGUGGUAGUUGGAGCGGGAGGCGUGGGAAAAAGCGCCCUGACUAUCCAGCUGAUCCAAAACCACUUCGUGGACGAGUAUGAUCCAACGAUCGAGGAUUCUUACAGGAAACAGGUGGUGAUCGACGGGGAAACGUGUCUGCUGGACAUACUGGACACGGCCGGGCAGGAGGAGUACAGUGCCAUGCGGGAUCAGUACAUGCGGACCGGCGAGGGGUUCCUCUGUGUGUUCGCCCUGAACAACACCAAGAGUUUCGAGGACAUCUCGAUGUACCGAGAACAGAUCAAGCGGGUAAAGGACUCGGAACAGGUGCCCAUGGUCCUGGUGGGGAACAAGGCCGAUCUACCGCAGCGAGUGGUGGACAAUAAACAAGCACAGGACAUGGCCAAGAGCUACUCCAUCCCUUAUGUUGAGACGUCGGCAAAAACCCGGCUAGGAGUGGAGGACGCGUUCUACACGCUGGUGCGCGAAAUCAGGAUGGACAAGGCGAACCGACAGGCCUCAGGGAAGGAUGGCUCCAGUUCGAGCGGAACUUGCUGUGUGUUGUUGUAACAAUAGGUAAACCAGGCUACCCAGCACUUAGCCAUGGGCUCACUUCUAGUAGUGUUACAUACAGUUUCCGGAGACUCAACUUUUCAAGAAGAGCUGUUUUUUCGGAGUGGCUAAUUCUUUGUUGGAAUACGCAGGCUUGUGCAAUGCUCAGACAUCUACUGUGAACUUGAAGCUUGGGCAAGUAAAAAAAAGGCAAGCUGUGAAGGCUGAUGUGUUUUCAGAGGGUUGCUAAAGUGUCAAUUAUAUUGUAAGUUUAAAAAUGGUUAGUUUGUCUACAAUGUGCAAAAUGUCUGUCCAUAAGCUAUAAUGUAAGAUAUACACCAGUAGUACAAAAGUGCUUGCCGGCCAUUGAUGUUACAGCUGAGGUUUUUCAGAACCUGUGCCUCCGUUUCUUGUGGUUUUGUAAGCUAUGCAUGCACAGAAACAGCAAAGACUGGAGAAAGACUUGGUUUGUAGGAAACUCACUACUGGUGCCCUCUUGUUUUCAUGGAUGCAAAUUGCUGGCAAAUGAUGUUACCCACAACAGGUUACAGGAACAUAAUUCAAUUUCAACCUGAUAAAUGUUUUAUACUGAAUGUGUUACAAUAUGUCUAUGACUAUUAGUGGAGGGGGUGGGGCACUGCUUUUGUAUUCUGUGGCAAUACUACAUGUAGUAUAUGUUUUAAGCAUGUAUAGGUCUUGUUCGUUUACUACAUGUAUAAGAUGGAGGCCCAUGCUUCAGUGCAGAAUGUCGUAGACUGGGAAUAUCCAGUGCCACAUGUACAAGUUACACACAGUACAACAUGUUCUGACAGCUUCAAAUCCCAAGCACAACUCAAAAGACAUAUUUUGUGUAAGAGACAUAUUACAGAGCUCAUAAAAAUAGCUUGUGGUCCUCCCCAACCCCCCAAAAAAGUGUAUUCCCUUUCAAGGAGCAAGCGCAGCAAGCUCUGAAUCGUGUGUCUGGGUCUGGAUAUUCUCUGUAUUGCAAUGACCCAAAUCUUCAAGCAGAUGCUUAAGGUUGAAAGAUCAGUCUGACUGCCAGGCUUCUCUGACAGUCACCCACAGAUGUUGGGGUGAAUUAAGGUCUGUCACAGAAGCCCAUUCCAGGCUUUCACUUCAAAUAUCUGCUUGGAGAUCACUAUGACCCUUCCACUGACCUUGACCAGUGCUGGAGCAUUUUUCUGGGAGACUCCUCCUCGCUUGCCCAUUAACACGGAACUGAUAGAUUCUUUCUGUGGCGAUGAGUGUGUCCAAGAAGAGGUGCCAAAACCAACCUCAAGACUAUCACAAUUUACGCUUCCAAAACAUCCAUCAUUCAUUUUGAACUUGACCCAGUGUUAAUGGCCACCACCCCUUGAACGUGAUAUUGACUUUGAUCUCCAUACUUGCUCCUAAUAAUGUAAUGGUAGGAAGGAAUGCUAUACUCUUCAGUGAGAGAAAUUUACUACUAUCCUUUGCCAGACAGACAACAGGCAUAGGCUAACACAUGUGUAACAUUCCAUCCAGCCCUUCAACUGCAAAUAUUCACAUAUUUGUGUUGAAACCAAAGCCCCAGCAUGUGGUCUCCAUGGCUCCACCAGACAAAUUACAAGGCUGUGUGCAGGCAUGGGCAACGCACUUUGCUGUUUGUCAUCAGACGUAACAGAAAAACAAUUUUUUUAGUAAAUUUUCCUGCCAUUUUUCAGACAGUAGGCCAGUACUAGUCCAAGCCUAUCCAAAUUUGGGCCUGACCCAUUGGAAAGUCGGAGGGUACAGGCGAAUAUCCCUACUGCAUUAAGAAGGGCUUAUCCACUAUCUUUAGAUAUUUGAACAUGGUUCAAUUUGAAAGUCAAGGGAAAAAUUGCCAUGAUAUAUUUUCUUGGCCUAUAGGCUUACUGGAGCCAUUAAGAAAUGCUGUGAUAGUGUUGUUUACCAGAGCUUAUAAGCCUGGCCGUCACGGCUGCACAAACUGUUUACUGGGGAAAUAGCUCAUAAACACCAAACAUUGGCCGCACACAUCACGGUUGACUGUAGUUUUUAUUACCUUUAAUGCUGGUCGAUCCCUUUUUUUUAUUGAAUGGAAAUGGGAAACAAAAAUUGUGAGGGACACAGAGAAUCGAAAGGAUCCUCUUGAUAUUGCUAUUAUAAGAGUUGAAAAUAUACUGUACUUUAAUUCUAUUCAAAAGGAAUUCCUGUUGGAUUCCUGGCAUCCUGGGUGCAGCGAUCAUGCUUGUUUUGAUAACAGAAAUUCCAUCACGUUAGAUAUUUAGACAAAUUGUACAAAGACUGGCUGUAAUGUUGUGAAGGAAAUCCCGUUUGUUGAUUGCCAUGCUGUGUAGAGAUGUGUACAAUCAUGGUUCUUCCUGUAAUUCGCUGGAACUGAAAGGGAGUGGUUUAUUUGCCUUACAAGUGAAGGAAUCUCAAGAAGCAUUGCUGCAUCUUCCUCCCAAACACCUCUAUUGUACACUAGAUAUUUUGACGUUGUUCCAGGAUCCUACGCAUAGUUUAGUACACAGAAGGGAAGUGCUGAAUUGUCACUUAUUUUGUGUACGUGGGAAGUGAAGAAGAGUACAUGUACAUCUGUGUGGUGUGUAUAAGUUAUGCAUUUGCUUUCGCAGAUGUUACCUUUCUAGUCUUUGUGAAAUAUCUGUGCACAUUUUUGUUCUAUGAACUGUUCUAUGUGGAAGAUUCAUAGAGUUACAAAUUGGUGUUACAGAAUGCCCUUGGGUAAAUACAUGUAUGUCUUAAUGUUUGCAAUAUGCUUGAGAAUUGCAUGUCCACUAAACAAUGAGAUGUGCUUUACGUUUUUGUAUGUACUGUGGGCAGUUCUAAAUGCUUUUGGGCAUGUUUUUUUUUUUUCACCUGCCAUUGAAAUAUUUUAACCUUUGGAACAACUGUUUGAAGACAGAGGUAUCUCUACAGACCCAAUUGUACUUAGCAUUAGCAAGUAUAUUUACCGUAGAGUCAGACAUUGUUACAGUAGCAUUUUAGAACUGCAGUAUUCUCAGUGAAAACCCGUUUCUAAAUUUGAUAUGAUGUGUAUUAGCAGACGUUACAAGCUGAUUUUCUUAUAUUUAUACUUUUUGCAAUUUUUUAACACUUGCCCAUUUUGACUUGAUAUUCAAAGGUAUUAGCAAUAUUGCAAAGGUUCAAUGCAAGCUUUAAUAAUGCUUAUUAUAUUGUUGCUAAAAGUAUGAUAGUUGAUUUAUACUCGGUUUAUAUAUUCAUGUCAAGACAGGCAAUUGUCAUAAUUGUGAUGAACUUUAUUGUGUUACAACAUUUCCUUACUGUAAUGUAGAGGCAGAUGCAAUCCAAAAACAUGAGGCUCAUAGUCUUCCAAAAAAGCUAUAUUUAGACCGAUGCCAAAAUGCAGACUUACCAUAUUACAAUGUAUGUCAAAGAGCUAUCAGAAAGUGCAUUUACCUGUCUGUAUUGAAUGUGCGGGGAAGAGUCAUAGUUCUGUGGCUGCCCAUUCAAAUCUGAUACAUUAUGUGUGUGUAAUAGAGCACAAUGACAGAACAUACUGCGCCUGCACGAAUGGAAUGUUAUGUGCAUAGCACUUCAGAACAAUGUCUCGUUUAAGGUUGUAUUUGUGUGUUUAAGGAUGAUAUCCUGUCUUUAGUUUUCAAAUGUUGUGUUAGAAAAGAUAUCGUCUGCAACAGGCAAAAUUCUGACGCAACAUUGACCAAACUUUCAGCAAAAACCGGAAAGAAUCUGGGUUUCAGAGGUGCAGUAUGUUCUGCUGAGGUGCUGUGUAAUAGGAAUUGUAAUAGGAAAAUUGCUAGGAACAGCUUUUGGUACAACAAUGUGUGGAAACUGUAUUCUCUGAGCCAUGUGGUCAGAUCUCAGAGUUAUGGUUUAUCAGAUUCAGAACAAUCUUGCUGCAAAUAUUUCUUCUUUAUGUUGUAUUGCAGUAGACCUUGUACAAUCACAGAAAAACAAGACAUUUGCACUGUUCAUGGUCACAUGUAUAUUGCACAGUAACAAUGCAGUUUUCUAUGAAUGUGCCAGCUCUAUGCUUAUAUGAAUGUUAACAUUUUAGACAAAGUACAAUGAACCCACAUUGUUCUCACUGUGUUCUAAGAAAGAAAACUGCCAUCAUCUAAUU